CAGAUAGACAAAGUUAACUUAUUUGUGUGAUUUUUUGUUGUUGACAUGGGUGGCCAUGCUGUGCGCGCAUACGCGUGAUUUUGCGCAUGCGCGUGGGGAGAUUUUGCGCAUGCGCAGUGGUGCUGGUAGUGCCGGGCGAGGUCAGAGGGGCGGCGUGCCAGCAGUAGGCAGCGAGCAUCAUGCAGGGGCUGUGGCUGUGUCUCCUGGUCGCCUUCCCCUCCGUCACUUGCCAGAAAUAUGUAGGCGAGGUGCUGGUGUCGCGGGCGGUGGUGGAGAGGGCGGCCACAAGGUUCCUGAGGGAACGAGACCAACUGUUCUCCCAUCAGUGUACCAGGACCAUCACCGCCUCCUGGAACUACCACACCAACCGCACCCUCUACAACAAGCUCCGCCUGCUGGCGGCGCAGGAGGACUACCGGGUGCUGCAGAAGGACUCGUGGAUGCUGGUGCAGAGAUGGAAAGCGGUGGACAACUUCCUGGAGGACCCUUCCAUCAAACACCAACUGCAGGCCAUGUCUGUCCUCAGCCCCGCUGCCCUCUCCACCCCCUACCUGGCCACGUACAUGAGAACUGUGGAGGCGAUGAAGGGCAUCUACUCCAGCGCCUCCGUCUGCGACUACCACAACACCCAGCAGUGUGGCCUUACACCCGAGGAAGGAGUAAAUGAGAUCAUGCAGCGUAGCAGAGACGUAAAGGAGCUGGCUUACAUCUGGAAGUCGUGGAGGCUUCAGACUCGAGGAAUACGCAGCUCCUACGCCCUAUACGUCGACCUGGCUAACCUGGCUGCCCAGACCAACCGGCUCGCCAACAAAGGGGAGCUGGAGCUGGUGGAGUAUGGGGGCGGAGCCUUUAAAGAGCAGAUGCAAAAGGCCUGGGAGCAGCUGCAGCCGCUCUACCUCCAGCUGCAUGCCUACACCAGGAGGAAACUCCGGCAGGUGUACGGGCCACAGGUGGUGACGGAGCGAGGGCCCUUACCUGCGCACCUGCUGGGGGACCUGUGGGGACACCAGUGGAAGAUCUGGGACAUCCUCGUUCCCUACCCUGGCAAGACCCGCCCCAGUGCCACCUUCGAGAUGAAGAGGCAGUGGUACAACCCCAGGAAGAUGUUUCAGGUCGCAGACGACUUCUUCGCCUCACUGGGCCUGCCGCGCCUGCCGCCCUCCUUCUGGCACGACUCCCUCCUCCAGAAGCCUCUCCACAGGAACGUCAUCUGCCACGCCUCCGCCUGGGAUUUCUGCAACGGCAAAGACUUCAGGAUCAGUCAGUGCACAGAGGUGAGGGAGGAAGACCUGGCCUCCACCCACCACGAGACAACCCACCUCCAGUACUUCCUCCACUACCGCCACCAACCCUACGUCUACCGCCAGGGGGCCAACCCAGGUUUCCAGGAGGCGCUAGGCAACGCGGUGCAGAUGAGUGUCUCUACGACACAGCAUCUCCAGAAACUGAGGCUCCUGAGGACGCUGAAGGAUGACCCGGAGGUUGACAUCAACUUCCUUCUGCAGGAAGCCACCGAUAAACUUGCUUUCAUGCCCUACGCUUAUCUGAUGGAUCAGUGGCGAUGGCGGGUCUUUGACGGCACCUACAAGGAGAGGGACUGGAACUGUGCCUGGUGGGACCUGAGAUAUAGCGUUCAGGGCGUGAAGCCUCCAGAGCUCCGCAGCGAGGACGACUUCGACCCAGCAGCCAAGUACCAGGUGGGCGCCGACCUCUCCUUCACCAGGUAUUUUGUUGGCAUCGUGCUGCAGUUUCAGUUCUACAAGGCUCUGUGCAUCAAGGCAGGAGAAUACGAUCCGCUCUACCCUUCCAAGCCGCUCCACAAGUGCGACUUCUAUCAGUCGAAGGAGGCUGGCAGCGCAAUGCGGGCGAUGAUGCAGCUGGGGAAGUCGAGGCCGUGGCCAGAGGCGCUGGAGGCGUUGACGGGCCAGAGGGAGAUAGACGCCUCCGCCAUGAGAGACUACUUCAGGCCCCUGGAAGAGUGGCUGAAGCAGGACAAUCAGCGCCAUGAAGAGUUCGUUGGUUGGAGGGCAGACAACCAGUACUGCUUGUAUCAGAAGUCCAGCUGGUCGCCCUUCGCUGUUCACACCUCCGCCCUUGAUACCUUCUCUCCAUCAAGCACCAACUCUACCAUCAGUGAUCAACUUCCCUACUACAGUUGAAGCAUAUCUCAAUUGCCUUUUUUUGCAAUUGCUAUAUAAGAAUUUUUGUCAUUAGUGUAGAAUAUGUCAACACUAUUUUUUUUUGGUUGUGGGUGUUGAUAAACAGUGAAUUUUAACAAUGUGUUUGUUAACACAUAAUACGUUUAAAUAUGGUGUUUGUUAACACAGGAACCUUUAAGUAUGUGUUUGCUAACACAGGGAACAUUGAAGGAUGGUGUUUAUUAGCCCGAGAAAUGUUUAAGGGUGGUACUUAUUAACACAAGAAAUGCUUAAGGAUGUUUUAUAACACAGGGAACGUUUAAUUAUGGCUACGGGCCAACCAGCAAAUUUGAUGUUGGACUUAAGACCUAUCAACCCCGGAAGGGUUAAGGCCACCACAAUAGCUUACUGGCCAUCCAGCAAGUAUACUUUAAUCUUGAUCAUAGUCUGGCACUAAACUUAUUGGAUAUAUACCGAGAAGCGGGUGCAUCUCCGGCACCUCUGUAUAGAGAUAUUUGAGAGGCUCGGUCAAGCUUCGGUCAAGCCCUCCUUUUUCUGACGAGAGAGGUAUAUGGCUGGGGAGCCAGCGGUGGGCACACGAGAGACGAGAAUAGUUUGUGUGACACUAGGCUAAAUUACACUUGUAUUAAUGUGUUGGAUUUUUCUGAGUGUUUUCUCCGUGUUUGGAGAGGUGAAACCAUGAAGAUGAUAAUAUUGUUAUGUAUCACCAUGCUUCUGUUCUUGGAUUUAACUUGUUAAGUUAUUUUACUCGUGGUGUUUUUUUAGGAGGCUAUGCUAAUGCCAGCUGAACUGUAUUUUGAUGUUGAUAAGUUUGUUCAGCUGUAUCCUUGACGCUGGGAAAUGAAAAUUCUGUUAUUAGUGUAACUUUCACCUGUCUAUAUCAGAAUACUUAUUCAGCCAUUCUGAGUUCAAGCGCAGCUAAUCUACUUAAAUAUAGCCUAUGUUUGCAUGUUUAUAUUACAUUACUACUGAGUCUAAGUUAUGAUAAAAAUAAAUUGUAUGUCCAAA